AUGGCGACCGUCCGGAUCUGUGUCUGCGGUGACGAGGGAGUCGGCAAGAGCUCCAUCAUCACCUCGCUCGUCAAGGAUGUCUUCGUCACUGCCAAAAUCCAGCCCGUACUUCCCCAGGUAACGCUGCCGCCUACGCUCGGAACGCCGGACAAUGUCACCACUACCAUCGUUGACACCUCCGCCCUGCCCCACGAACGGCAUGCUCUGCGGAAGGAGCUGCGCAAAUCGAAUGUCAUACUACUAGUAUACUCGGACCACUACAGCUAUGAGAGGGUCGCGCUGUUCUGGAUGCCGUACUUUCGCUCUCUGGGCGUUAAUGUACCGGUGGUGCUAUGUGCAAACAAAGCCGAUCUAGCCUCGAACGGAACGACAUCACAAGUGGUGGCAGAGGAGAUGCUGCCAGUCAUGAACGAGUUUAAAGAGAUCGACUCGUGCAUACGGACCAGUGCGAAGGAGCAUGCAAACAUCAACGAGGUCUUCUUCCUCUGCCAGAAAGCCGUCACCCACCCAAUAGCGCCGCUAUACGACUCAAAAGAGAACGCACUCAAGCCAGCAGCCGUAUCUGCGCUUCAGCGAGUGUUCCACCUCUGCGACACAGAUAAGGAUGGGUACUGGAAUGAUCAGGAGAUACACGAUUUCCAGAUCAAGUGCUUCGAGAAGCCACUGGGCGAGGACGACCUGGCCAACAUCAAAAAAUCGAUGGAGAGGUUUGCACCAGGCGCUACUGGAGAAAAUGGAAUGGAUGAGAAGGGCUUCCUGCUGUUGAAUAAGAUCUUUGCAGAGAAGGGCCGCCACGAGACCAUCUGGAUCAUCCUGCGAAAGUUCCACUACACUGAUAGUCUUAGUCUACAGGACGCAUACUUACGGCCGAAAUUCGAAGUUGCGCAGUUCUCAUCUGCGGAGCUCAGUCCAGCUGGAUACCGAUUCUUCGUCGACCUUUUCCUGAAGUUCGACAAGGACAAUGAUGGAGGACUCAACGACCGAGAACUCGCCAAUCUUUUUGCGACAACACCUGGUAUUCCAACAUCUUGGACCGACUCGGCGUUUCCAUCAUGCACAGUGCGCAAUGAAGCCGGCCACAUCACACUCCAGGGUUGGUUAGCGCAAUGGAGCAUGACAACCUUCGAAGAGCCCAAGACGACACUCGAGUACCUUGCGUACCUCGGGUUCGAAAGCAACGACCGAAGCGGCACGACGAGUGCAUUGAAGCAGACAAAGGCCAGGAAGAGAAGAAACAGGCCUGCGCGAGUGGAGCGCAAUGUCUUCCUAGGCUAUGUGCUAGGCUCAAGCGGCAGUGGGAAGAGCGCGUUGUUGUCGUCAUUUCUGCAACGACCGUUCACGCAAACGUACCAUCCCACCAUCAAACCUCGAUCAGCAGUCAACAGUGUCGAGCUCAAAGGUGGCAAACAAUGCUACCUCAUCCUCGAAGAACUCGGCGAGCUGGAGCUUGCGAUCCUCGAAAACCAAGCCAAGCUGGAUGCUUGUGACUUGCUGUGCUACACAUAUGACUCUUCUGACCCGGACAGCUUUGCACACAUCGUGGAGUUGCGGAAGAAGUACCCUCACCUGGACAAACUACCUGCGGUAUACACAGCAUUAAAGGCAGACCAAGACAAGACGAUGCAGCGAUGUGAACAGCAGCCUGAUGAGUACACGAGCGCGUUGCGCAUGGCCCCGCCCCUGCAUGUUAGUGCGACGUGGAGCAGCAUAUCAGAGCUGUUCGUUCACCUGGCUGAGUGUGCGACACACCCAUCGACUGCGUUCCCGAAGAACGAAGAUGAGGGUGGUUACGAUAACAUGAACUUGUAUCUGGCGCUGGGCGCUGUUACGUGCGUUGUUGCGUCGGCCGUCUUCAUCUGGAAGAGAAACAGUGCAUCCUCAUGA